AUGACAAACUAUCAUCUCCAUACUAACGUCAAAAACUGUGCCUUAGCCACGGGACCUUCGACGAGUAUGGUUACACGAAAAUACGCCAGAGCUCAGACAGGUGAAAUGGCAGUCGCGCGAAUCGCAGAAUGUCCCCAUGUAAGGAUCCCAAAUGCCGAUAUCAGGGUUGAAAGGCGCGGAACGCACGGUAUCUACCGAAUGACAAACGCAAAGAUGAAAAUAACGGGGGGAAAAGAUUUACAGUCGCAUGAUCGGGAUCGGUUAACAACCCGCAGUGGCAAAUCGGACGCGGGCAACAUUGAUAGGGACCCUGAUAAUCCACCGUUCGGAUAUUACAUACAUAAGUACAACACCACCGGAUUAACGCGAUAA